CCUCCUUCGGUGGUCAGCCCUGGGCUUCCCCCGCCCAUGCAGUCCUCCGUGGCCACUGUUGAGGGCUUCAGCAGCACCCUCUUUGGUGCCUACACACUCCCCAGCUUCAAAUUCCAGCCACGCCGGGAGAGUGUGGACUGGAGACGUAUUAGCGCGCUGGAUGUGGAUCGUGUGGCACGGGAGCUGGACGUGGCCACCCUGCAGGAGAACAUUGCUGGCGUCACCUUCUGCAACCUGGACAAGGAGACAUGCAGCCGCUGCGGGCAGCCUGUGGACCCGGUGCUGCUCAAGGUGCUGCGCCUGGCACAGCUCACCAUCGAGUACCUGCUGCACUGCCAGGACUGCUUGAGUGCCAGUGUUGCCCAGCUGGAGGCCCGGCUGCAGGCCAGCCUGGGUCAGCAGGAGCAUGGGCAGCGGGAGCUGGGCCGCCAGGCCGAAGAGCUCAAGGGUGUGAGAGAGGAGAGUCGCCGGCGCCGCAAGAUGAUUGGCACUCUGCAGCAGCUGCUUCUGCAGACGGGCGCCCACGGCUACCACACGUGCCACCUGUGUGACAAGACGUUUAUGAAUGCCACCUUUCUCCGGGGCCACAUGCAGCGCAGGCAUACAGCCAUGGCAGAAGGUGGAAAACAGAAGAAGCAGGACCAGCCAGUGGAGGAGGUCCUGGAAGAGCUCCGAGCCAAGCUCAAGUGGACCCAAGAGGAGCUGGAAGCCCAGAGGGAGACUGAGCGGCAGCGGCAGCUCCAGGAAGCAGAGAUCAUCCGUCAGAGGGAAAUAGAAGCUAAGAAAGAAUUUGAUGAAUGGAAAGAAAAAGAAAGGACCAAGCUUUAUGGGGAAAUCGACAAGCUAAAGAAAUUAUUUUGGGAUGAAUUUAAAAGUGUUGCCCACCAGAACUCUACGCUCGAAGAGAAGAUGGAGUGGAAGAGAAAAAUGAAGGAACUGCAGGAAUCCCACAUGACUCAGAAGAGAGAGCUGCAGGAGGAGAAUGAGCGGCUCCAGGCCUCUCUGUCCCAGGAUCAGAGGAAAGCAGCUGCCCAGGCCCAGCGCCAGAUCAGCGCCCUCCGCACCCAGCUCGAGGAGCAGGCCAGACUCAUCGCUUCGCAGGAGACAAUGAUCCAGACCUUGUCGCUCAAGAAGCCGGAGGGGAACUUCCAAGGGCCAACGGCUGUAGACACAGAAGAAGACUCUCUUGAGGAAGAGCGGGAGACUUCCCAAGAUGGACAGCAGAGGGUGCUGGCAGCGCUGAGGCUAACCCCCGGCUUGCUAAAACAGUUCCGGCCAGUCCUGGAGGACACCCUGGAAGAGAAACUGGCAAGCAUGGGGAUCCAGAGGGGUGCCAAGGGGGUCUCCGCCCAGACGCUCAGACACCUGGACACGCUCCUCAGAGCCCAGCGGGAGCAGAAGGCUGGAAGGUUUUCUGAGUUCCUGAGCCUAAGGGAAAAGCUCGCCAAGGAAACGACCAGCAGAGUGAAGGAGAGCCAGAAGAAGGGGGCCGUGGGGGCCCAGCCAGAUGGCGAGCUCACAGGCAGAAGCCAGCGGAGCCCACUGUUCCCCAGAGAAGCCCAGCCAAAGCCCAGGACCCUGCAUGUGGCAACAACAUCCAAGCUAGCAGAGCCCACGGGAACCCUGAAGCACCGAGACAGCCGUGGCCCUGGCCUGACCCAGGUGCCCACCCCCACUCCCCACCCCAGAGUGCGGGGCCCUGCCAGCAGCCCUACUUCCCCAGGGCCUGGGCUGAGCACACCCCCAUUCAGUUCUGAAGAGGACUCAGAGGGGGACACUGUACAACGCAUGGCCCUUCCGCAGCUGAAGGUUCCUUCCGGGAUGGGGUCCCGGCCGGAAGAUGACUGGGACUGGUCUGACACGGAGAGCUCAGAGGGAAACGCCCAGCCUCCUGCCAAGGGUUCCGGUGGGCUGACCUCCUCGGGAACACUGGUACAGUCGUUGGUCAAGAACUUGGAGAAGCAGCUUGAGACUCCAGCCAAGAAGCCAGCUGGGGGCGUGAAUCUGUUCUUGUUGCCUAACGCAGGGCCACAGAGAGCCACCACGUCCGCACGGAAGCCUCAGCUUCCGGAAGAUGAAAGUGACUUGGAGAUCUCUUCCCUGGAGGAUCUCUCCCAGGACCUGGGUCAGGAGAAGCCCAAACCCUUGUCUCGCUCACAACUCCCAACGAAGUUUGGUGCCAGCCCUUGGAGCUCCAGCCAAUCCAGGGUCCCUGGCUGGUGAUCUUCCCACAGAGACCUGCCUUGCCACCUUGCUGGGACUAGCUCCGGUCACAGCCCAUGGAAGGGGCUGCUGGGCAUCUUCAUCGCUAACCAAGGCGCUUUCUCCCUUUGGAGGGAAAUAGAACAGGAGGCAUAUGCGUAUGGUUCCUUCUGUCCCCACUGAUGAGGGCCCCUGUCCCAGAGCACCAGGGGUGCCUAACUAGGUGCCUCUGGGUCCCAAGGCUUGAGAAAGGAUUAUAAUAGGACUUCCAAGCCUUUCAGUCCUUCACAUUCAUGUCCACAGCAGACUGAAAGGAGGCGCCGUGCUGUCAAUUUCUGAGCUUUUUGUAAACCUGCAGGAACGCUGUGGAGAUAGGUGCUUUUGGGGACAGAUGCCUCCAUCAGUCAUUCAAUAGUUUAUUGAGUGCCUGCUCUGUGCCAGGCCGUCUACCGUCUCCUGACUAAGUGGGGACGUGGAAGCAGAGCUGGGUGGUGCAGAUAGUCUGUAGUUAAUGACAGUAAACCAAAAACCCAUCCAUGGUUGAGUCAGUGCCUGCACCUGGCGACCUCCCAUGUUACCUGAGUAGCACUGUUCCUCGGGGUUUCCUCGGCCUUAGUCUUAUGGAAGCAUAUCCCCAGACCUUCCUCUUGCGGCAUGGUUGGUCCAAACCAUCCACCGUGAGGCUGGUAGUUGAGUGCACACUAUCUGUCUCACGCGCCAGUGGUGGCGAAGUGUCAUGAAGUUGAAUGAAAGAGACCAGGGUGCUACAGGGACGUAGAAGGGAUCACCCCGUCCAGCCUGCAUGACUUUGGAGAGCUUCCGGAGGAGUGAUGUCUGGAAGGGCUUGUUUAUGGGUACAGAGGAUCACCUGUCUAAUAGACCCCAAAGACCACACAUUUCAUAUUUAAAACCUUUAAAAUCAGGCUGCAUAAGUAACUUGUGUAUUUUUUAUCAGGAAAGACGAAUUUAUAAUGUAUAAGCACUUGAAUACAGUGUGAUGUUUGUAA